CUCUUUCAAAAACGUCGAUUCGACUACUGUAUCGUUGAUGAAGCGUCGCAAAUCACGCUGCCGGUCUGUCUGGGACCGUUGCGGUUUGCAGACAAGUUCAUUCUGGUCGGUGAUCAUUUCCAAUUGCCACCUCUUGUCAAGGACAAAGAAGCGCUCGCUGGUGGUCUGGAUGUGUCUUUGUUUAAACUCCUCUCUGAUGCACAUCCAGCGGCUGUCGUCAACCUUGAACACCAGUACCGGAUGAAUGCAGACAUCAUGUCCAUUGCCAACGAAUUGAUUUAUGGUGGGAUGCUCAAAUGCGGAACACCUCAGAUUGCUGCACAGCAGCUUCAAGUAGAUUCGACCAAAGCGCUCGAAUCGGUGCAUGCUCACGGUUCAUGCCAUACACCUUGCUUGUUCGAGUCGAUCCUAUCGCCGAAACGGAGUGUUGCCUUCCUCAACACCGACGACAUUGCCGAAGCCAAGGAAACGAAACGAGGCGACCAAACACAAAAUGCAGUUGAAUCCAUGCUUAUUGCUCAGAUCGUCUCAAGUCUGGUGGCGGGCGGCGUGGCUCAGCACGCCAUUGGUGUCAUCUCGCCAUAUCGUUCGCAACUCAAGCUUCUGCAUGCAGACUUAGAGGCGUUCCCGCAUGUUAUGGUUGACACGGCAGACAAGUUUCAAGGCAGAGACAAGGAGUGCAUCCUCGUUUCUUUUGUACGUUCAAACAGCACUGGGCAAGUUGGCGAUUUAUUGAAGGAUUGGCGCCGCAUCAAUGUGGCCCUGACGCGCGCAAAGCGAAAGCUCAUUUGCAUUGGAUCACAGGAGACACUGGCGCAUGAUGCUCUAUUGAAUAAGUUUGUGCAUCUCGCACAUCGACGUGGCUGGAGUAUCGACUUGCCGAGCGACGUCCUGCAGCAGCAUGUUGCUAAGCAGCCAGCCUCAGGAGUGGCUGUCAGCUUGUCGACAGUUGCUCGAAUGGAUGAGUCUCUCAAGGAAAACAGAGAGACUCGUAAGCGGAACAGCCCAAAAGUGGUGCAUGCUGGACAACGCGUGUUAUUCAAAAACGGAGCACGACCAAUCUUGAGAGAUUUGAAGAACGAGAUGAUUUGAGGCACAAGCGACUCAACAACUGUCAAGACUGAGAAUCGAAUUCUCGCUGUUCAAGUCAUGUCAAAAAUCAUCGCAAAUUUAAUACAUGUAGUGUUCAUACACUACAAUAAUGGCGCGAAAGAGAAGCGAAGGUCCUUAAUUUGAAGCGUGAUGAUCCCAUCAUUCGGUCAGGCAGUGAAGGAAAAGGCUAGGCUCACAUCGCAAAUGC